GCCCAAACUUUGGUAGCGGCGAGCACUUGACAGCAGCGGGAGGGGGAGAGGGAGGGAGGGGAGAAAGGGGGGGAAGGGGAGGGGCCUCGCCGAGCCCAGAAAAACGACAACGCGAGAAAAAUUAGUAUUUUUGCACUUCACAAAUUAAUGACCAUGAGUUCGUUUUUGAUAAACUCCAACUACAUCGAGCCCAAAUUCCCUCCCUGCGAGGAGUACACGCAGCACAGCGGCAGCGCCGGCAGCUCCGCCAGCUACCACCCGCACCACCCGCACCCGCAUGCCCCGCCGCAGCCUCCGCCGCACCUGCACUCCGCGCACCCGGGCCCAGCGCUGCCCGAGUACUUCCCGCGGCCGCGCAGGGAACCGGGCUACCAGGCUCCUGCAGCGCCGACGGGGUCGGCGGGGCCGCCUCCCGAGGCUCUCUACCCGGCGCAGGGACCCUCCUACCCCCAGGCGCCCUACAGCUACAGCAGCGCCGGCAGCGCCGCCCCGGGCCCCGAGCAGCCGCCCCCGGGCGCCUCGCCGCCGCCGCCCGCCAAGGGCCACCCCGGCCCGGCCCAGCCCCUGCUCCCAGGCCAUGCCCUGCAGCGCCGUUGCGAAGCGGCCCCCACCGCCGCGGCCGGCACCGGGCCCGGCUGCCCGCUGCUGUCCGACAAGAGCCUGCCCGGGCUGAAGGGAAAGGAGCCAGUGGUCUACCCCUGGAUGAAGAAGAUCCAUGUGAGCACGGUCAAUCCCAAUUACAACGGAGGGGAGCCCAAGAGGUCUCGCACUGCCUACACCAGACAGCAGGUCCUGGAGCUAGAGAAGGAGUUCCACUUCAACCGCUACCUGACCAGAAGGCGACGCAUCGAGAUCGCUCACACCCUCUGCCUCUCCGAGCGCCAGGUCAAGAUCUGGUUCCAGAACAGGCGCAUGAAGUGGAAGAAAGACCAUAAACUGCCUAACACAAAGAUGCGCUCCUCAAACCAGUCCACACUGAGCCAGCAGUCCAAAGCACAGACACAGGGCCACCCCCACCCGCUCGAUGGGGCUACACCCAACGCAGCCGCGCUAUAAAUACGUGGGUUUUUUUCCCCCUAAUAUAUAUAUAUUUACCUAUCUAUUGGGGUUUUCCAGCUGCUCCGUGUUGGAGGCUGGUGGUUUGGACCAAACAACUGUAUAAAACAAAACAGGAGCAGGAAAGGAAGACGAGACGUGACCAAGAACGGACACAUGUUUAAACCAAAACCCGGACGAUUGUCUACAUUGUAUAUAGAUAAUGGUUCCAUGCCCAUCAUUUUAUUCUAUUUAUGGAAACGCUCCCUUGCCCUCGGUGUAAGAGAGGGCUGGAUGCUGUCACGGACGAAUUCUCUGUACCUAAGAUGGACUCUUUUUUUUCCUUUUUUUUUUUUUUUUUUUUUAAGAGAACACUUUACGAAUAAAAGACUGUUAAAACAAAGACCUCGUGAGACACUUGUGUGAGGCAUUGACUCGAAUAGCGCUGUUUUGUGGCGUGUUCGUGGGUUCCCGUGUGCGGGUGUGUGAGUGUGCACACGCACUUAUACACACACCCUGACACAGGAGAGAGAACGAACACAGCCAUGGAAGGUGAAGGACUUACGGAAAAUGUCCCCUUAUGCUGUCGAAGGGAAAUGUUUUAUGUAUCAAAGGUAACUUAACUGGGUUUAAGUGUAUCUCCCGCAGUAGCUGUGAUCUUAGUUUUUCUCCACAUUCCCUAUUGCAUUUAUUUAAAGAAAUAUUACUAUAAAGGCUGUCGCUGACUUUAUAUUUUGCACCGUCUAAAUCGUUUUGGGUCCAUGUACAAUUUGUGGAUUUUUGGUGUGAUGUAUAACAGUGCCAAAUGCUGGUAAUAAAAAAUAUUCUGUACAAAAGAAUUAAACGCUUGAAACACAA